UUACUCAUACUUCCCAGUCCCACCAUAUUCUACCUUUCUUGCAGCCUGCUUCCCCAAUCUUUUGCCUAUUUACCUAUGGAUCCAGGAGAUGAAGGUAUGGCUAUGGCUGAGGCAGCGCUGGAGACGGAGAGAGAGUCGCUAAGAGCUUGUCAACUUGCACUUGAAGCGAAGAUUAGCGAGCGUGCAGUGCUAUUGAGAAGGAAGCAAGAGAUGGGUGCAAAGGAGGCCGCCAAGCAAAAAGUGGUUGCUGAUUUCAUGCUCUUCAUUGAAGCAAUUGAGAAAAAUGAUAUGGAGACUGCCAACAGAUUCGAUGAAAAAGCAAUGAAGAACACUAUUCUUACAAUGAUGAAUGAUGAUACUGGAGGAUUUGGAAAGAAGAAAUAGUAAUGCUUUCAGAGCUUCACCCAUCUGCCUGUUUGGAUCGGAAACUGGGUAUAUGACUUGUUCUGUCCGUACAAGCAUUAAAAACUCCAAAUUGUCAUGGCUGUUGUUUGAUGUUUUCAAGAGUCGUUGUGUGGUUUUGUUUUUGUUCAUUUUCCUAGUUAAUAUGAUUGGGACAUGAUGGGUUAUGUUGUGAUGUUUCCUCGCUUAUGUUGUACUGAUCCGUGACUCUCUCAUAGUAACGGAAGGAUGUCAUUGUUUUAGAGAAAAAAGUUGGAUUUUUUUUAUUACAAAAUCUUGGAGUCAUGAAUUCCAGUUGGAAUUCCAGUUUUCAGGGUUAAUCAUACGACUCAGAGGGGGUUCAAUAGAACAUAAAAGAAAGCAAAGCAAUUACUUAGGUUAUUUUUCUUUCCCAUAUUUCUAUCAUUGUCUCCCCAUGUUAAUUUUUUCUGCUUUAAAUAGAUAGGCAAGUUGAAGAAGAUCAAUAAGUGUGGGAAAGGGGAACAGGGGAAAAUCUGAUUGUUAUAUUUAGGAUACUAAUACUAUGUAUGAAUUGAAAGUCAAUAUAGUUGAUCUUGAUCCAAAUAA